AUGUUUACAGAGGACGCCCGAGAACCAGUGGAAAUCGAUUUCUCCAAGGGAGAAAAGAAAGAAAAGAUCGAUUCCAAUGCGAACAAAGAAGAGCCUGGAAAGUUUGCGGCCGAGAUUAGGGAUUCAACAAGGCAAGGAACAGGGGUUUGGCUCGGAACGUUUGAUACUGCUGAGGAGGGUGCUUUGGCUUUAGAUCAAUUCAGCUACAAGGAUGGUUAUUCCCCAGCUGCAGCCCUGAAGGAAACACACAAGAUUAGAAGUAUGUCAAAAGAAUUAGGUGCAGAUCUGCUGGAUGAGCUUCUGAAUUCAUCUGAGAGUGCAAGUACUAGUUUGUAA